AUGCCGGAGACGCGCGAGUGCGUAGUCCACGGCGCCACCAACGUCUUCACCACUGUGCACGCCAUGGACAUGAAGAUACUGCAUAUCGAUACCAAUAGUGAAUGGCACCUGGGAUGGGACCGCAGCGCGCUGCAUGGAGUUAGCUGGUACCACCUUUUACAUCCUGAUUGCUGUAAGGAGGCUCAGACAAAGCAUAGACUAAUUACACAAUCAGAGCAAGAAAGAUCGUGCAUAGCGUUGCUCCGGCUGCAGCGGAGGUGUGGUCAGUUCCUCUGGGUCCAUGCUGUGCUGCAGCUCAAAGAUAAUUUGGAGAAUUCUCAACGGCCAGUUAUUGUGUGCACGAAUCAAGUAUUAAGCGAACAGGAAGCAACAGUGAUGAAAGCAAACCCUUGGCUAUACCAUUACUAUGCAGUACAAUCGAAGUUACAUUACGGCUUGGCCUAUGAAGCAGCAACAAGGAUGUAUGGCCCUCCACCACCAGACAUACAAGUGUAUCCGCCGACUAUGCAAUAUGCCCCAACUCCACCAGUCUGCAUAAAUGGGAAUCAACCAGUUAUGAUGCCAAACUCAACUCUUCAACCCCAUUUGACACACGUACCACCUCACUUAGCACCAAUUCAUUAUGCUUAUGAGAGAACAGAUAACGGACCUGUAGAUUACUCCGUCUCUCUCCAAGACAGCAGAUUCUCGAAUAUAGGAAUUGAAGAUACAAGACUACAGCCCAACGUUAAAAAGAAAGGCAAGUCGGAAGAGAAGCCUAAUACACCUAUUCCUAUUCUAUCUCCACGUUUUGUAAAUAGUUCUGGUGGGGAUACAUUAGUAGCAGUCGCUGGAGCGAUUGCUAAUCGUAGACCAGGUUCAAAAAACUUUACAUCCGAAACGGAGAUGGUAGACCAAUGGAAUCCAAGUCCUACUUGGUCGGAAUCUGCAGUACAGAAAGUUCCCGAUGUCUGUCAUCAAGACUUAAGUCCUUAUGUCACUACAACACCUCCAACACCAUCUGGGACCCCGUCAGCGUAUACUCAUAAUUAUAGCCAUACUUUUGUGUUUGACUGGUCGCCAGAACAAUAUGUUCCUCACACUAACAAUAGAUGUAGCACAAUAACUUCUGAAAGUUCCUAUCAGCAAACAUGGAGAAACGAAAGAUCAUUUGCAAAUACAGAAGGAGUAAUUGAAGAUAGCUGUAGUCCUAAUAGAUUAAGCUUAACAAUGAGAGUUAGCAGGACUCCACCUGAAUUACCCACAGAAGGGGAGAUAUUGAGGAGACAUAUCGAUGAACCACAUGCAGAUUCGCCAGAUGCCAAAAAGCCGGCAUUAUAA